AAAAAAAUCCCAAAUUGCACAAAAAAAAUUGUACAAUCUACAAACACCAAACCCUAAAAUCCAAAUUAAUAACAUACUUCCAGUUCCAGGCCUGCAAAAUCUGCAUCAUCUGAAUCUAGAGAUCAAGAAGGCCAAAUCCUUCCUUCCCAGUUCAUCAUCAUCAUCACCAUGACGUCUUCCAACAUCUGAAUCUGAAUCUCAAUGGCGCACUGCUGUUUCCCUCCUUCCUCACCAGCCUCCUCUGUUUUCACCGCCCUCCGCUUAUCUCUCUUCUUCCCCGGUGGCUGACCGGCCAUCUCUCUCCUCUCUUUGUUUCCCACAUUCCCAGCCAGUAGAUUCUGCGUUGUGAUAUAGUGCCGGCACGGCGGAGUAGUGAAGAGACUUGCACAUAACGCAGCCAAACCGCACACCAGCAGAUUUCAUUCUACCUACGGCUCUUCCAAUGGGAAGCUCCGAGUACGGUGCACUUGACGCUGGAGUAGGUCCGAUCGUCUGGGUUCGUCGGAGGAACGGCUCCUGGUGGCCGGGCAAGAUACUUUGUCCCGACGAGCUUGCAGAGUGUAAUCUCUCCUCUCCUCGAACCGGUACCCCUGUCAAGCUCCUCGGAAGAGACGACGCCAGCGUGGAUUGGUAUAACCUUGAGAAGUCUAAGCGUGUCAAGCCGUUCAGAUGUGGGGACUUUGAUGAAUGCAUUGAAAAGGCUGAAUCUUCCCACGGGGUGCCGAUUAAGAAAAGGGAGAAGUAUGCUCGUCGGGAAGAUGCUAUCCUUCAUGCUCUUGAGCUUGAGAAGGAGCUCCUGAAGAAACAAGGAAAAUUAGGCAUGACUUUUGAUCAUUCUAGAAGGACAUCAUCGGGAUCUGCAAAGAAGGAAAUAGUCACUCUUUAUGAUGAGCUGGGGAAUAAUUGCGCAAAACCUGAUCUAUACCAAUUUCAUAAUAGAGUAGAUGUCAAAGAUGAGGCAGUUAGCAGUCCCACGCAUUUGUUGCAAAUGAGCGAAGGAAACAAAAUAUCCUUGGCUGAUGAUCAUUCUGAUGAGAUGCCGCGGAUGAGAGACUUACGGGAUGUUGGGCUUAGAACUGCCCAUUUGAAGCGGAGGCUGUCUUCUUUUGACUUUGAUAAUAGGUGUCCAGAAAAUCCAGUCCCUGCUAACAGCACCCUUAGCACUGAUAAUGGAGUUGAGCAGCCCGAAACUCUUUCUUGUGCAAAGAGAAGCAAAUUGGUUUACCUCCCAACUGAAGGUGGAGAGUUGAUGGAUGAUAAAGGCCUAUCUUCAGGCCAGGUUAAGAUGUUCCCCAUUGAUGUCUCCCUGUCACAGUUUGAUGAGAAUGACCGCGAUCCUCAACCAAGUUUGCUGAAUGUGGAAAACUCUUUGUCUGACUUUAUGGAGGAUGUUGGGCAUAAUUCUACUGAAUCUGAUUCUUCCGAGUCUGAUUUCUCUGCUACUGAGCCAGAAAUGAACGAUGAAGUGGCUGUCUUUUCAGAUGGGACCAUAGAAACUCAACUUGAUGGUUUGGCCGGACAUGGAGAAGAUGGAACUACAAGCAGCGAGGAGACAGAUGACUCUGCAUUUUCUGGUGGCAUGCCUCCUCACUAUCUUGAGGAUCAUCCUUACCUUGCUAGUAAUGAGACAGUGUCCAAAUGGCAAUUGAAAGGGAAAAGGAACACACGUAAUCUUACAAGAAAGUCUCUGGACAGAGGCAAUGGGAAGUUCUCUCACCCUUACAAAACAAAAGGAAGCACCUUGGGCUCAUAUGCUGUUCAUGAUGAUGAUGACGAAGACGAUGAUGAUGACGACGACGACGAUGAUGAAUACGGGACACGAUAUUUCGAGUCCCGCAAGGGUCGGCUGAAUGAUGAUGGCUUUUCUUAUGGUUUCCAGAGAAGUCAUCGUCCAAAUACUUUUGGUCAAAAAUUGAUGAGUUGGGAUGACAUCACUUGGGAGGAGAGUCCUGCUUUCAGGAGCUUUUGGAAGGGCUACAGGGGGGAUCAUUUUAGUCCUUUUGGUGGCAGAGGGCGGUCAAUGUUAAUAGAUGUGGAUUUGAAGGUGAAAGCAAGCUACCAGAAAGAAGCAGCUGUUCCUAUUGUGUCUCUCAGGAGCAAAGUAGAUGGAAGGGCAAUAAUCGGGCACCCGAUCCAAGUCGAGCCCCUGGAGUAUGGCUCGACUGAUGCUCUCCUGGUUUCCACAAGUGAUCACUGUAGCAGUGAGACAACAUUCGAACACCACGAUAGGAAGGGGGAUACAGCUGCAGUACUUCAACAACCAUCCUGGAGAACUGCAAGGAGGACCAAUAAUUUCAGGGUUCCAAGGCCUGUCAGUGGCCAGGUUCCCCGAGUCGGUGGUUCGGGUCGUAGAGGGUCGACGGGAGGUGGUGGAGUCCGGAAGGGCAGCAGUGGUCAGGUUCCUCGGCCUAUGAGGAAAGUGGGUAAGAAGAAAGCGGGGGGCAUGUUGUCAUCUAAUCAGAAGACAAGGAUGCUCUCCUCCAUAGGGUUCCAACAGCGUAAGGGCGGAAGUAGUAGCAGCAGCGGUGGCGGCAGCAGCAGCAGUGAAAUGGGUGGUGGGGUUAUGAAAGGGGAGACUUCCGGGCUCACCACGGUGGCUUGCAUACCUGUGAAGUUAGUGUUCAGUAGGUUGCUGGAGAAGAUAAACAGACCACCGUCAUUUGGAGUCAAGUAGCUAUAAUUUAAGGUGGAUACAGACUAUAGACAAGUACAGCAGCAGCAGCAUUAGGAGACAUGUACAAGUUUCUUUUUUAGGUUCCCCUUCUUUCUUCAUUUCUUUUAUUCCUUUUGACAGAAAAAGAAAGGCAAAAGGAUAGAUGGAUAUAUAACAUAUAGAUAGACACACUGACAUGGUAGGUUCAAAGGAGGUAAGCAAUGCAGCAAUUGUUGCUUACUAAUGGUGGGGGGGUGGAUUGCAUAUUCUUGUCAUUGUUAUUGUUUGACUUUCGAUUUUCGACACGGAAUGGAAUUGUGAUAGGCAUCAGAGAGAUUUGUGAUUUGCGGAAGGAGAAGGCAGAGUUAGUCCAAAGGCAGGGAAAUUGCCUGGGUACAUGAAUGUACAUUAGACUUGCUUUUUUGUGUGGCAGAGAGGAAACAAAAAGCAACUGGAACUUAAACAGGAAACCUCAUUCUUUUCUUUGCAGU